UUCACAAUUCGUCUUCCCUUCCAAUCUUAACAAAGCAGUGGAAAAGAAAAGGAAAUUGUUUCUUCUGAAACUGAAUCGAAGCAACGAAGAAAGCAGAAAAGGAUCCAAGAUGGUGAAAGUAGCAACGUACUUCGGCAUGUCCUUGGCAGCUUUCGUUUUCUGGCAAUCCAUGGACAAGGUCCAUGUCUGGAUCGCUCUUCAUCAAGACGAAAAGCAAGAGAGGUUGGAGAAGGAAGCGGAGAUCAGAAGGGUCAGAGAAGAGUUACUGCGACAGCAAGCCAAUCAGAGGGAUUCUUAUUGAAAUGAAUCAUGUUGUAAUUUUUCUAUCCUUUGCUUUGUAAUUUCUCUUGCUAUCAAUGCAGUGUUAUAUGCUCGAAUAAAAUCGUGUACUGGAAGAGCAUUUUAAAUUUAAUUGAGUGGAUAUUUCUCCUGCUUUUUCUACAUAUUAUUUUGUUCCAUAAAGGGUACUUGCCGGUAAUUGUAAGAUAAGAACAAUACUAGCUUUGUUUGUGUAUUAGUGCUUCUCACCGGUUAUGAACUAAAUUUUAACGGUUUAUAUGGCCUGAUUUUGUCGA